AUGCUUUGGUUAAUCUAUGGCUCGUCGGGCUCGAUUGGUAGUCUGUGUUGUGAAAUAUUACAUAUUGCCGGUCAGAGUGUGAUCAGUGGUAGAAGAGUUUUGAUGUUGGAAGAUGUAGACGAAGACAUCUCAAAGUAUAAACCCGAUCGUGUGAUAUGCGCAAUCGGUCGAACUCAUGGUAGUGAUAUACCAACAAUUGACUACCUUGAGGAGCCUGGCAAAUGGCGAGAAAACUUACAUCAUAACUUAAUGGCUCCAGUGUUUAUUGCCCAGGCGACAUCGCGAACUGCAAAAUUGUUUGCGCCGAUUCCAACACUUUAUAUCGGAUCGGGAAGCAUAUACGAAUAUGAAGAUUCGAAUGAUCUAUCUCAUCCAUUUACUGAGAACGACGAACCAAACUUUUUUGGAUCGUCAUAUGCUGUUAUUAAAAGUGCAACUGACCGAUUAUUAAGUGCACACCCUCAUGUCAUUAACAUGACCGUUAUGUCUGACAUAUUACCCACUCUAUUGGCCUUGACCCACGAAGGAAAAGUGGGUGGAUGUGUAAAUGCAUGCAAUAAAGGAUGGAUCGAUCACGAAUGGAUCCUAAAAGUCAAUGCUGAGAAAAGCGGUACACUUCAUGAAUACACUUUAGAGCCCCUGUCAGAACAAAAUCAGCGACUAGCAGCAAAACGUUCAAACAAUGUUUUAUCAACAGAUAAAUUAGAGCAAUGGAUUAAAACGAUAUCUUCUGAAACACUAAAAAUGUAUAAUGUGCCAUCUGAAUUGCCAGAAUUAUCCAAAAGUAUCGAAAAAAUAUGCACACAACGAGCGUUAAAACAUGCCACUUCCGAUUCAUCGGAUGCGAGAAAUCUGUUGGUAACCGGAGGGUGUGGGUUUAUUGGCAGUAAUUUUAUUAAUUAUUGGCUGAAAACUUAUUCAGCUGAUAAAAUAAUUAAUGUUGAUCGUUUAGAUGCUUGUGCAAAUCCAAAAAAUAUUGAAAAUGCUAAUUCAGCAAACUACAAACUGAUUGUAGCUGAUAUUAACAAUAAGGAUUUAAUGCUGCAUUUGAUGAUACAAAAUAAUAUAACGCAUGUCGCACAUUUUGCGGUUCAAACGCAUCUUGAUACAUCAUUUGGAAACAGUCUAACGUUUACUGAGUCAAACGUUUUUGGAACGCACAAUGUUCUUGAAGCGAGUCGUAUCUACGGAAAACUGCAUAAAUUUGUAUUUGCUAGCACUGAUGAAGUAUAUGAAAAAUCUCAGGUCGGCAGUUGUCACGAAAGAUCGGUGUUAAAUCCGACAAACCCUUACGCGGCAACUAAAGCAGCCGCUGAAUUUUUGAUCAAAUCUUAUGGUGAAAGUUUCAAACUACCCUAUUGUAUUACAAGGAUUAGUAAUGUUUACGGACCGUAUCAAUAUAUUGAAAAAGUAAUACCAACGUUCGUUACAGCAAUAUUACAUGGAGAAAGAAUGGCAAUACAUGGUGAUGGUAAACAAGCAAGAAAUUAUAUUUAUGUUGAUGAUACCGUGAAAGCAAUUGAAUUAAUUCUACUAAAAGGGAAACCAAAAAUGAUUUAUAAUAUUGGUACAAAAAAUGUGCAUACAGUACUUGAAAUAGCUGAUAUUCUUUUAAAAAUAAUGAAACCAGACAUGAAAAUUAGCGAUGCAAUUACACAUGUUAACGGUCGCAAUUUCAGAGAUUGUCGCUAUUAUUUUGUAACAACCGAAGCUCUCGACUUAUUAGGUUGGAAAGAGCAAGUACCAUUUAAUGAAGGAGUACGAAAAACAAUUGAAUGGUAUACUAACCAUCAAAACUAUUGGACAAGUACGAAUAAAUGUCUAUGUUUUGAUCGCUAUGUACAAGAAGGUACAUUUAAUGAACAUGAUGAAAUUCGAAAAAAUGUGGAAGCAACCGUGUGCAAAUCGACACUAGAAACACCUAAGAUGGGAAUGCAGAAAUUUCCAGUACCGGCAGUAGUUUUUAAAAAAAGCGAAGGGCUUUUUGCUUCAAGUAUAUAUGAAAAUUUUAUCUCUAAAAAUGCUCAAAAGCAGGCAAUUUUUGUAAAAGCAUUUUUACGUUCGCUAAUCUUUAAGCAGCAGGUUGAAGAAAACAAUUUCAUGAGAUCGACUAAAACUGAUGUUUUAAUGGAAUUUUUAAAUCUGGAAAUUUAA